GUCUGUUAAAAUGUUUCUGAUGUGGAAUUCGAGAAUGCUAAUUGAUGGUGAAGGAGAUGAAAAUGUUGAAACCUCAAUGCUUGAAGCUAGUAAUCUUAUUGUUCUUAAGGAGUCAUCUAUUAUUCACUCCAAUGCUAAUCUAGGGGUGCACGGGCAAGGUUUGUUAAAUUUGUCUGGACCAGGAGAUUGCAUUGAAGCAGAACGCCUGGUUUUGUCGUUGUUUUAUAGUAUACAUGUUGGUCCUGGAUCUGUUUUACGUGGUCCUUUAGAGAAUGCCUCAACUGAAGCUGUGACACCAAAGUUGCAUUGUGAUCAGAAUGAUUGUCCAGUUGAACUCCUCCAUCCACCCGAAGAUUGCAAUGUGAACUCUUCACUGUCUUUCACUCUUCAGAUUUGCCGAGUUGAAGAUAUCCUUGUUGAAGGCCUCGUGAUAGGAUCUGUUGUUCAUUUCCAUAGAGCCAGAACUAUUAGUGUUCCUUCUUCUGGAACAAUAAGCACAACUGGGAUGGGUUGCAUUGGAGGUGUGGGACAAGGGACAUUUUCAGAUAGUGGUAUUGGCAGUGGUGGUGGGCAUGGUGGUAGAGGUGGAAUGGGAUGCUUCAAUAAUAGCUGCAUUGAGGGGGUAUGUCAUAUGGGGAUACUAAUUUACCUUGUGAGCUGGGAAGUGGGAGUGGAAAUGAAAGCCUAACUAGUGCAAAUGCUGGUGGUGGCAUUUUAGGUCAGCUCAUCUCUCUAAAGUGGACUGUCUUUGGUCCAAAUGUUGAUGUUGUAGCACUUUGGGAAACUCUUUCAUUUUUAUUUAAAAAAUGAGCCAACAGGAACCAGAAGGUCAUACUGCGUUAAAAAUUUCAAAUUUUGUCUAACCAAAUUGGAAGCAUGCUGUCAAAAAAUGAUGACAGUAUUUGAAUUCUGACUUGUGGGCAUAACUGGUUUUCUUGGCUCUUAGCUUCUUGGUAUUUAAUUGAGUUCAAAUUGUGAUUGUCUCACUUUGGAGACUAAUCUAAGCAAUUGUGUGUACUGUUAGAAACAUCACAUGAGACAAUUAAUACUUUAAUGGAUAUACUUUGUAAAUUUGGGAGAUGGUUACCCAAGCAUUAAGUGUUCCUUCCAGGAAAUCUGUAGUCUCCAUAUAGCUGAAUGAAGAAAGGGGUCUUGUCAGAUUUUCCUGCUGCACAGGAUGCUUAAACAUAUUGCUGAACUCAACCUGUUUUUCUAGUCAUAGUUUGUUUGGUUCAUUGUGUACAUCCUAGGACUUUUCUCCCAUUAGGAAUUAGGUAUUUUACUUGCAGCAGCAUUGGAGUUAGUUUUGUGUGUUGAUCUUGGGUAA